UUCAGUUUUGUAUUACUAGCUUCUUGAAAUUUGGUUUUAGUGUGGCUUUGGAUAAACUUUUGAUUUGGUUUGGAUACAUGGAUGUUGAAAGUUUUGACUUCCUGAAUUGGGAAUUUAUACAUAUAAUGAUGGAUUCUCAAAGUGAUUAUACAAAUUGGGAACCACUGCACUUCACUGAACAAUCGUCAGUUCGACAGAGCACAAGUUUUGAAUCGCCUAUAGUCAGAGAGAUUACACGUCCAGAACCAGAACGAACAUCUAAGGCCGUGUCGAUCGAUUAAGUGAAUAAAAUAUCGAUGGCAUUCGGAUGGCGAUUGGUUGUAAAUAAAUGGGCAAACGGGGAUGACACCUGGUAGUAGCAGCCUAUCCCCAUUAUCGAAUGCACGCAGGAAUGCGGUUGCAUCUAAGCGUAAGUGUAAUUUAUCGCGGCAAAUGCUACCUGCGUAGGAAUUGAUUAUUAUGAGCUGGGCGUAUCGGAGGCCGAUACUUAGACGAUACCCAGGACGAGCUGCUGGAAAUUCGCAUGGGGCGUUGCUUUCCCAUGACUUUGUUUCCCUGUCGUCGCGUCGUCGGCCGGUCGUUGAAAUGGAAAAUCCUGACUGCGCGCGCACAGAGAGAUGAGCGCAUAAAAAUAGCAAGUGGUCGGAAUGUGAAAGACUUUGCCAUCUCUGAAUCGAUUAGCCGGGGUCGCUGCUGCUGCUGAAUGGCGACAACAACAGGAGGGAGCAAGUUUCCUAUUGAGUAGAUAAAAAAUGAUGGGCUGUGGGUUUCACUUCAACUAGCUGUCGAUGGUUAAAACAAGUUAAUUUAAUUACCAAUGGGCAUUCGACGAGAUUGUAUGGCGGGCAAUCGGAGGGGCAAUCGUGCCUCGAGAGCAGUUGCAGCACAAAAUCACGAUGUUUAUGAGAAUUUUUAAAUUAUCGGUGCACCUUGCUCGCAUGUUGGUGGGACGGUCGGCGGUAGGUGGAGGCGCUUCUACGGCCGGGAUCAUUGAUUCAACGAUCAUCGUCUCGACGACUGUGAAGAGCAAUCUUGAGGAUCAUUGUUCGAUUGUGUACUUGAUAAGAGGUCUCUCCACGGAUGAACGACUGGGAAGUGGUCCUCUUGGCUCUGUGCUAGCUAACCGGCUCUCUCUCGAUGUGUGGAAGGGCAAUCGAAGCCAGUGGAAACCGAGCUGAAUUAUUUCAACUAGCUUUGCACACUGGCACUGGCUCCGUCGGAGAUUGGUUAUUAACUUGUUCACUGUGUUUUGUGGCGAACACAAGUGUCUUGACAGUCUAGUGUCAUCAUCGAUCAUGCCAGCUUCAAUGGAGGGAAAGGUGAAAAGUGCUUUAGUUUUUUAUUGGUUUUCGGUGAGUGAGUCACCAGAUAGCAUCUUCAAAAACUUGUGGCUUGUGGGUAAAGUCGGUGUUACCUGCGCCUCAUCGAGAUGCAAUACAUCGGUGCCCCCACUUAGGCAUACACCAGUGUGUGCCACACCCGGCCCCAGCAGGGGGAUUAAAGAAACGAGCCGAAAGUAAAUAUCAACACUGACGAAAUGAUGAGUUGCAGAAAUUGAAGACUUCCUUAGCGAAUUAAGCUGCUAAAACAAACUGCUAACUAUUAACUAGUACCUAACACUAUACCAUCUAGCCCUAAGAAAGUGAAUUAACCCAAAUUGAAUUGCCCUUAGUCGUAUGAUUACCAGUGAAUUCAAAUAACUCCAAUUUGUACUUUAGCGCAUAGAAAAAUAAGGUGAGUUCGAAUGAGAUCUGGUGAACAUAAUCUAGUCACAAAAUUGAAAUCAUUACUAAACUACUAGGUGCACAGGAGCAGAAGGUAGCUUGAUACCCUAACAAGCCUCGGAUGCAAAGCAGCAUUAGCCAAAUCCGAGAUCCAGGGGUUCCCAGAUCAAUCGAGACGGAGCAUAAUUGUUUGAAAGUAGAUUGCAGCUAGAUCACUAAAAGUAAGUUUUUUGCGUCUAAAUUUAUAUUUGUCAUUAGUAAAAAUUGCCUAUUGUAGGAAUUUUAUAAUUUACUUCAACAAUUGAAUAAAUUCAUCGAAUUUGGACCUAGCUGCCGCCGGUUUUUACGCAACAAUUUUUAAAAUUCUUUUAUAAUGUCGAGAAGGUCGACCGAUUCCAAAACUAGAGGAGUGGGAGCAUCAAUCCCCGAACCCGUUGGCGAAACUAAGAUCGCAGGAAAUGCGGCAACCAAUGCAGGUAGUUCCGGAAACCAGGUAAAUGUCGACGACUCCAAUACCAAUCCGUCUCAAGAAUCUGGGAUACCCGUUCAAAAUCUUGUUAACGUUGGUCAAGUUUGUGCCGGUAUACUAAGCAAUGUCAGAAGAAAUCCGUUACGCGAAGUUCAUCGGAACUUGGACCACCGGUGUCAGCUAUGCGGAAGGCGGGAUAACGAAGAUAUGGUGCAAUGCGACGGGUGCGAUCGUUGGUUUCAUUUCGCGUGCGUCCAUGUCACGGGAGAAAUCGCCAACGUUAGCUGGGUGUGCCCAAUCUGCAAAGCAUCGUCGUUCAUUGUUCCACCCACGAACACCGUCCGUCCAGCUGAGCAGCAGGGGCAAAAGGCAUCUAACAACCCGUCGAUCCGAUCGAAGAGCAAAGCUAGUUCCCGAAGCGAAGCAAGAAGACUAAAGGAGCUCGAGAUGCAGAAGCUACAAGAUGAGUUCGAGUUGGAGAAGCGCUUCCUUGAGCGGAAGUAUAAGCUUCUGCAGGAAUACGGUAGCGAAACGUCGUCUGUUACUGAGGACACCGAGGAGAAUAAGCUGUCAAAAAUCGAAGAGUGGCUAGCCGAAACGGAACGCCAUGGUGAAGCUGAAGAUUCGGGAUUAGCAGCUGAAGCGGCAAACGAGCAAACUCCGAACCGUUCGGGCCAGCUCGAGGAGCACCAAGCUCUACACGUGCAGCGAAACUCUAAUUCAGUACUUCUCCAAACCAACCAACACGGUCGAAAUUCUUCAGAUGGUCUACACCUGCAACCAAUGUAUCAAUGCCAGUCUUCCGCUCCCCUACAGCACAGUAUUCGCAAUCGUCCUGCACAAAAGGUACGCUAUUCGGAUAGCGCACAACGACAGCUCCAAGAUUCACGAACGCAGAAUGAACGCUAUCAAUUCGAACGUAACCUGGUGCAGUCAACCUGCUUCCCGGACCGGAGGGCGGGAUCUUCUACGUUACCAGGAACUUAUAUUGGUCAACAUCCUAGAGAACCCCAACGGAGUGGACUACGUCCGCAUGACCUUAACAGGACAACAUUCUUGCCUACUCUGAACCGCGGGACUCUCAACGAAUUCGCUCCAGGACAAGGAUCAACACCGAUACGGUCAACCCAGCCCGAACACUACGCGCCAGCACUCCAGGACGAGACCAUUUGUAUUCUAAAUCGAAGCCAAAUUGCAGCCCGCCAGGCGGUUUCUAGGGAUCUACCAGAUUUCGACGGAGCGUUAGAGGAUUGGCCAUUAUUCUUUGCUAUGUUCAAUUCGUCUACCCAGAUGUGUGGCUUUACGAACGAGGAGAAUAUGUUACGCUUGCGAAAAUGUCUUAAAGGUAAAGCACUGGAAGCGGUUAAGUGUGAGUUGCUGCAUCCGUCCAACGUAGCCGACAUUUUGUCCACCUUGAGGAUGUUGUACGGGCGUCCAGAGGCAAUUAUUCAAUCAAUCAUUAGGAAGAUCAGACACUUGCCCCCACCGAACACGGAAAAGCUUGAAACGUUAGUUAAUUUCGCAUUGACGGUGAAGAAUAUGGUCGCAACAAUCCGAGCCUGUGAAGUUGACGACUAUAUCUUCAAUUCAUCCCUGCGCUACGAGUUAGUGGAACGUCUACCUUCGUCGCUUAAGCUGGACUGGGCGAGGUUUGCUAGAAAUUAUGCCGAUCCCAACCUGGGGGACUUCAGUGCUUGGCUAUACACCAUAGCGGAGGACGCAAGCACGGUGAUAGCCACGUCAGUUUCGGAUCAGCGAAGCCGAGGUAUCAAAAAAGACGGGUUUCUGAACUUCCAUUCCGAAUCUGAAUCGAACAACGAGAAACCGAUGGAACUACCCGGAAACCCGAUUUCGCCGAAAGACCCUGCCAAGGAACAGUGUCUAGUGUGUAAGGGAGACUGCACAGCUAUAGCAAAGUGUAGUAGGUUUGAAGAGCUAGGCUAUGACUCGAAAUGGGCAGUAGUGAAAGAGUGCAGACUCUGCAGAAAGUGUCUGCGAAAACACAACGGGUCAUGCAAACAACAACGUAAAUGUGAUAAGAAUGGAUGCACGUUGUUACAUCAUCCGUUACUCCACAAACCGGGAAUCCAAAACCCCGCAACUUCGGCUCCAAUCCUUACAGCUUCAGCGUUGGAACAAACCCAAUCGGAACCUAGCUGCAAUGUUCACCAAGGACAAGCCACUGUUUUGUUCCGCAUAGUUCCGGUCGUGCUGUAUGGCCCAAAGAAAAUAGUUCGCACAUACGCCUUUAUCGAUGAUGGCUCUGAGCUCACUCUUCUUGAACAAAGUCUCGCCGAUGAGCUCGGAAUCGAUGGGCCAAGAAAAUCACUGUGUCUGAAGUGGACUGGAGGUACCCGUAAGGUCGAAAAUGAAUCCAAGCAAGUGAAUGUACAGAUCUCUGGAGUCAACUCCCCAACAAAGUUCGAUCUCUCGGAAAUAAACACGCUAUCAUCCCUUCAGAUUCGCCCACAGAGCUUGCCGCUCCCUGAUCUUCAGAGAAAGUUUCCGUAUCUAACUGGCUUGCCACUUGAGGAAUACCACAAUGUCAGCCCACGACUGUUGAUUGGUCUAGACUACGCUAGUCUUGGGCAAACCGUCAAGAGCCGAGAAGGAAAAUGGAACGAACCGAUUGCAGUCAAGACCCGUUUGGGAUGGAUGAUCUACGGCAACUGUGGAGGAAAAGCGGAUAGUGUUGGGUUUAUGAACUACCACAGUGUCCAGAAAUGUGAGUGCAAUCGAGAGUUUGACGAAAAUCUACACAAAGCGAUGAAGUCCUACUUUACGUUAGAUAGUAUGGGAAUCGUCGAGCCAAAUAAGAUUCUACUGUCUCAUGAGGAUCAACGCGCGCAAACACUACUAGAAACACUCACUCGUCCGAUGAACAACCGAUACGAGUCUGGUCUACUCUGGAAAUACGACCAUGUCCGACUUCCGGAUAGUAAGACGAUGGCUUUGAGGAGAUGGGAAUGUCUCGAAAAUCGAAUGAAAAAGGAUCCAACGCUUGCUGAAGCACUCAAACAGAAAAUCGAGGAACACACCAACAAAGGCUACAUACGGAAACUAACGCCAGCGGAGCUUCGGGAACAACACGAACGAAUUUGGUACCUUCCCAUUUUCGUGGUAGCAAACCCGAAUAAGCCGGGAAAGAUACGCCUAGUGUGGGAUGCAGCAGCAACGGCUCACGGCGUUUCCUUGAAUUCGGUUCUGUUGAAAGGACCCGAUCAGCUGUCAUCACUGCUAUCCAUACUGAUACGUUUUCGUGAGUUUCGGGUAGCGGUUUGCGGUGACAUUAAGGAGAUGUUCCACCAGGUACAAAUGCGGAACGAAGAUCAGCACUGCCAGCGGUUCCUUUGGCAGAAUAAUAGCGAAACUGAACCCAGUACCUACGUUGUACAAGUGAUGACCUUCGGAGCUUGCUGUUCCCCAAGCACAGCCCAACACGUCAAAAACAGCAAUGCAAAGCGUUUUGAACAGGACAGCCCCAAAGCAGCCGAUGCCAUUAUCAAAGGGCACUACGUGGACGACAUGCUCGUGAGCACAGAAACAGAAGAGGAAGCAGUAGAACUAGCACAAGAGGUGAAGAACAUUCACAUGCAUGGCGGAUUCCAAAUGCGUAACUGGAUCUCAAACUCCGCUACGGUUCAGGCUACGCUGAACGAGGAUAAGGCAGAGGAGAAAAAUUUGAACAUUGGUGAAGAAUCCACAACGGAAAAGGUGCUUGGAAUGUGGUGGAACACGACAUCCGAUCGCUUCACCUACAAAAUUUCCUCCCGAUUUGACGAGGAACUUCUCUCCGGCAAGCGACGUCCAACAAAACGUGAGGUACUACGGACACUCAUGAUGGUCUUCGAUCCUCUAGGAUUCAUCGCGCACCUUUUGAUGUUCCUCAAGGUGCUUCUGCAAGAGAUCUGGCGGACGCCAGUUGGCUGGGAUGAUCCCAUCGAAGAUGUUCAGUUUCACAAGUGGCUUACAUGGUUAGCAUUGUUUCCAAGCAUGGGAGUAGUCGAAAUUCCUCGAUGCUACCGCUCAUUAACGUCGGUGGAAGCUUAUGCGGAGAUGCACACGUUCGUGGAUGCCAGCGAGAGCGGAUUCGCAGCGGUAGUUUAUCUUCGGUACGAGGAGAAAGAGGUGAUCGAAUGUGCACUGGUGGGAGCAAAAACCAGAGUGGCUCCACUGAAGUUCUUAUCCAUUCCACGGUCUGAACUACAAGCGGCCCUUCUUGGCGCUCGUUUGGCGAAGACGAUCUUGGCAUCCCUAUCUACCAAAAUCAGUAAGCGAUACUUCUGGACGGAUUCGAAGGACGUACUUUGUUGGCUAAGAUCAGACCACCGCCGAUACAGCCAGUUUGUGGCCUUUCGGGUCAGUGAAGUGCUCGACUCAACAGAUGUUACUGAAUGGCGAUGGAUUCCCACGAAGCAGAACGUGGCCGAUGAGGGAACAAAAUGGGCACGGGCACCUGAUCUCUCCGCCGACAGCCGCUGGUUCCGAGGACCGGACUUUCUCUGGUCGGGCAAACACGACUGGCCCAUAUCUCCGAGCUUUCAAAACGUUACAAAUGAAGAGCUUCGGCCCCAUCUGCUAAUGCACGAAAAAUCCAAGGAGCCAGUAAUCAUUCCGCAAAACUACUCCAAGUGGACACCACUACUUCGAACAACAGCAUACGUAUUUCGCUAUUUCGAUAACCUUCGACGGAGCACGAAAAAGGAAGAACGCGCCGAAGGAGCAUUAUCCCGUCAAGAAUUGACAAAGGCAGAGAACUAUUUGUUCCGACUGGCACAAACCGAUGAAUAUGCGGAAGAAAUCACCAGACUGUCCGUUAAACGUAACGACGAUCGAGAACUAAGACGAAUCAAUAGAAGUAACCCGCUUUUUCGUAGUGCCUUCAUCGAUGAAAACGAAGUAGUUCGAGUACAUGGUAGAACCAGAGCGUGCGAAUUCAUCGAUCGAGAUGCAGCUGAGCCUAUCAUUCUACCUCGUUGCCACCACGUGACAAGACUGCUGAUUCUAGACACUCAUGAGCGAUUCAACCACCAGAACCACGCCACUAUCAUCAACGAAAUCCUACAGCGAUACCGCAUUCCUCGGCUAAAGGUAACCUACCACAAGAUCCGACAGGACUGUCAAUACUGCAAAAUUCUGCUAGCCAAACCUAAACCACCGAUGAUGGCGGACCUUCCCAUAUCCCGUGUAGCAGCCUUUAGUCGUCCGUUCACCUACAUGGGGGUCGACUACUUUGGCCCGAUGUCGGUUUCAGUGGGACGCCGCAUUGAGAAACGCUGGGGUGUUCUCGCCACAUGCCUGACUACUCGCGCAAUUCACUUACAGAUCGCGCACACAUUGACAACCGACUCAUGCGUCAUGGCAAUAAGGAGCAUCAUGGCUAGAAGAGGAGUGCCAGCUGUAAUCUACAGUGAUCGGGGUACAAAUUUCAAGGCUGCCAGUAAAGAACUUAAAGCAGCCUUAGAGCUGCUUGACCAUGAAAUGCUUGCAAAAGAGUUUACGUCAACUCGUACACAGUGGACCUUUAUCCCGCCACUAUCCCCGCAUAUGGGAGGAGCGUGGGAGCGCCUUAUCCGUUCCGUUAAGCAGAAUCUGGCUGUGCUUCAACCUUGUAGACUACCUACCGAUGAGGUGCUGCAAAACGCGAUUGUAGAAAUCGAGAACAUCGUAAAUUCUCGACCAUUGACAGACAUACCAAUGGACCACGAUGAUUCACCGGUACUUACUCCCAACCACUUCCUCUUGGGAUCAUCGAACGGGCUAAGGUCUUGGGUCCCUUUCGACGACAACCCAAUACUACUAAAAAACUGUUACAAACAAUCCCAGAAAAUAGCAGACAAGUUUUGGAGGCAAUGGAUAAGAGAUUAUUUGCCUAACAUCACCAGAAGAACGAAAUGGUUUUCUCCUGUAAAGCAAAUUACCGUUGGAGAUAUUGUCAUGAUAGUCGACCCUAAGUUUUCGCGUAACUGUUGGCCUAAGGGUAGAGUCAUCGCUACACAUACAGCUCCAGACGGCCAAGUUAGACAUGCCACCGUCCAAACGUCAUCCGGAGGAAUCUACGAACGUUCGGCUGUAUCACUUGCAGUACUCGAUGUAGGCGUACAGACCAAUGCUUCAUCCGAGGAUCCUCCGCGCAUUCCGGGGGGGAGUGUUACCUGCGCCUCAUCGAGAUGCAAUACAUCGGUGCCCCCACUUAGGCAUACACCAGUGUGUGCCACACCCGGCCCCAGCAGGGGGAUUAAAGAAACGAGCCGAAAGUAAAUAUCAACACUGACGAAAUGAUGAGUUGCAGAAAUUGAAGACUUCCUUAGCGAAUUAAGCUGCUAAAACAAACUGCUAACUAUUAACUAGUACCUAACACUAUACCAUCUAGCCCUAAGAAAGUGAAUUAACCCAAAUUGAAUUGCCCUUAGUCGUAUGAUUACCAGUGAAUUCAAAUAACUCCAAUUUGUACUUUAGCGCAUAGAAAAAUAAGGUGCACAGGAGCAGAAGGUAGCUUGAUACCCUAACAAGCCUCGGAUGCAAAGCAGCAUUAGCCAAAUCCGAGGUAAGAAUACAGUUCAUGAGAAAGACCAUAAUUAGCAUACAUAGAAAUACUCCAAUGCCAAUAUAGAUCCAGGGGUUCCCAGAUCAAUCGAGACGGAGCAUAAUUGUUUGAAAGUAGAUUGCAGCUAGAUCACUAAAAGUAAGUUUUUU